AUGAAGUCGGCCCUUGUCAAGAAGGUGCUUGGCUUGCAAGAUCCUCCCAACCAACACAAUAAAACAGCACUGCCUCACGAGACAGAUCCGACUGUUCGGGAAUGGUUAAGCGAUGGCAUUCCCUCCAGACAACAGACCGGACAAUACUUCGUGAGGUUGUUGCCCUUCUUAAAAUGGAUCCAACACUAUAACGUUCAAUGGUUUCUGGGGGAUUUGGUUGCAGGAAUAACGGUUGGAGCUGUCGUGGUUCCCCAGAGUAUGGGAUACGCCAAACUGGCAAAUCUUCCUGUGCAAUAUGGACUCUAUACUUCUUUCAUUGGUGUUGUUAUCUACUGGUUCUUUGCGACAUCCAAAGAUAUCACGAUUGGGCCCGUAGCUACCAUGUCAACAGUUCUCGGCGGCAUUGUCACCGAUGUUCAAAAAGACCACCCCGAGAUUGGAGGCCCGGAAAUCGCCCUAUCAGUCGCCAUACUUUGCGGAGGCAUAAUUGCAUUCAUGGGCUUCGCACGGCUAGGUUUCAUCAUCGACUUCAUUCCGGUUCCUGCAAUUACAGCCUUCAUGGUCGGUUCUGCUAUAAGUAUCUGCUCGGGUCAAGUCAAGGGACUGCUGGGCCAGACAGGCGACUUUGAAACGAGCACUCCAUCAUACCGAAUAAUCAUCGACACGCUGAGGUAUCUUCCCACCGCACAAGGAUACGAUGCGGCCAUGGGUCUUACCGCGCUGUUCGCUCUAUACGGCCUCCGAUCAGGCUUCAACUAUGGUGCAGCCAAGAAGCCACGCUUUGCCAAGCUCUUCUUCUUCCUUGGCGCCUUGCGCACAGUCUUCAUCAUCGCUCUUUACGCUCUUAUCAGUCUUGGCGUGAACCAGCAUCGCCGCGACAAUCCCGCCUUUGCUUUGGUUGGAAACGUGCCAAAGGGUUUCGACAAAGCGGGUGUCCCUGUACUCAGAGCCAAUGUAAUCAAGCUCAUCGUCUCCCAAUUACCUGCCAGCGUGAUCUGUCUCCUCAUCGAGCACAUUGCAGUCUCAAAAACAUUUGGCCGUGUUAACAACUACACGAUUGACCCCUCGCAAGAGCUUAUCGCCAUUGGCAUCACCAACCUCCUCGGUCCCUUCCUCGGUGCCUUCCCAGCGACAGGUGCUUUCUCCCGCUCGGCCAUUCAAUCCAAGUCCGGGGCACGCUCCCCCUUCACCGGCAUCAUCACCGCCAUCGUCGUCCUGAUCGCCAUGUACACAUUGACCUCCGGCCUCUACUACAUCCCCAAAGCAACGCUAUCAGCCGUGAUCAUCCACGCAGUCGGAGAUCUGAUCGUCCCACCCAACACCAUCUACCAAUUCUGGCUCAUCUCCCCCCUCGACGCCGUCAUCUUCGCAGUGGGCCUAAUCGUCGCAUUAUUCAGCACAGUCCCAAACAGCAUCUACGCAACGGUCUGCAUCUCCGUCGCCGUCCUAUUAUUCCGUCACGCAAAAGCCCCAGGCCAAUUCCUGGGCCAAGCCUGGAUAAACGACGAAAAUAACCAAAUCCCUCUCUACCUACCAGUGGACGAACCAAAAGCCGACCCAAACAUCAAAAUCCAAAGACCCCGUCCAGGCGUCUUCGUCUACCGUUUCUCCGAAGGCUUCAACUACCCCAACGCAAGCCACUACUUCGACGACCUCGUCCAAACAAUUUACAAGCAUACCCGCGGGACGAACGCGGAGAUAUACACGAAAAAGGGCGAUCGCCCCUGGAACGAGCCGGUCUCUUCCAGCGCGGAUGAUUCCCAUCUGCCGAUUCUGCAAGCUGUCAUUCUUGAUUUCUCGGCUGUCAAUAAUGUCGACGUGACCUGUAUCCAGAGUUUGGUGGAUAUACGCACGCAGCUGGAUCGUCGGUCGACACCUGUUGUUGUGCAGUGGCAUUUUGCCUGUAUUAAGAAUCGAUGGACGAAGCGUGCGCUAAAUGUGGCCGGCUUUGGAUCUUGGCCGUUGCCUCGGGAGGGGGUGCGAAUGAAAAGGGCGUUGGAGAGCCAGGUUCUGAGGGAUCUUCCUCGGAUACUGAGAAGGGUAUGGAAAUGUCUGUAUCGUCCACGCCGGACAAUGCGGGACGGCCGUUUUUCCAUUCUGAUUUGA